AAUCGACGUUUGGAACUUCAAAAUAAGUUUUGAUUGUAUUUACUAAUCUUUGUUUAUUUACGAUGUGUUUUCAAAUUUUUUUACCAUUUACUGUUAACUGUUUUUAAAUUAAGUAAUUUAUGUUUUGAUUUGGUUAUAAUUACUGGCAAAUAUGAACAAUGAGCGUGACUUUAAAUUUCAAUAUGUAUCAAAAGAAGAUUUCAAUAGAACAUAUAAAAAAAUCACACGUGAUCGCCAAAAACAAAUUGAUGACUGGCAUUGGAGUAACUAUGUAGAAUCAAUUAAGGCUGAAGAAGCAAAGAGUACAUUUACAAUAGAAAAUAAUAACGAGGAUAAAGAAAUUGUUUAUCCCCGUCCAUCAGAUAUGUGUUCAAUAAGCAAAUUUAGUACGUUGAAUUCUGCGAAGUUGUAUUCAUUGCAUGAUCCUUCAGACAUUAAUAAUAUCCAUGGACUAAGAAAUCGUCUAUUUAAGACAUUUAAUGAAUAUUCUACAAUUUUGGAAAAUGCAUUACAACCACCAGUUUUAAAGAAUCCUAAGAAAAUACGAAUUAAAACAAAAGAACUUGAUCAACGAGCAAAUAAAAAUUAUAUUAAUGAUCUUAAUAAAUUGCUUACAGAAUUAAAACAAGAUUUUAAAAAUAAGGAUUUACAUGAAAAAAAAGACAAAAGAAAUAUAAUGUUUAGAAGAUUAUUUCAAAUGAAAUUAAUUUGCGGCCAUAAAUUAGCAAUUGAUGCUAUUAAGGUGUGCUCGCAAACCUUGGAGGCUCGAAUCUACAACUCCAUUCAAGAUAAAAUGAAGGAAUUAAUACAAAUAAUAUCUUGUUUAUCUUCGACCACAGGAAAAUACUUAUAUGGUCAAUUAUAUAACAAGAAAAAGAAAGAAAGUUAUGAUUUAGUUGCAGCAUGCAAGACUUUAAUUAACAUGUUGGAUGACUGUGGAUAUAAAGAUGUGUCUAAUGACAACCAAAAUAAUAUUCACUGCGAACAAAUUGGUCAAAGCAACAAACUUAAUGAGCUCACAAGUAAAGCAUUGACUAGAAAGAAAAGCCAAAUUACCAAUAGCAAUUUCAACCAUUUAAGCAUGUAUAACCAAAUAAGACCAAAGCUUGGAUCAUGUUAUGCUCAAAAGUGGUCAAAAAAUAAUAAAAUCACUGAUAAAACUCAAAGCCCAAAUUGUGCAAAUAAUUUUGAAGACAAAACAUUAUUAACUAAAAAUGAAAAUAAGUUUCUCUCUUCUGAUGAUUCAAUAGACAAUUGUCAUAAUUUUGAUGAUGUAAAAACGGCCGUGCAACAAUUUUGUUUAGUAACUAUGAUUGAUUGUGAUUACAUUUUUUAGCACAAUGAUUAAUGUUAUUUAUAUGUUUUAAAGCUGAUGAAAUAUUAAAGAUCAUAAUUUUUGUUUUUUAUAACCUAAAUAAUAAUAUGUAAUUAUUAAUUUAGGAGACAAAUGAACAAUUUGAGGGAGAAAUAGGACUACAUAGACAUACUCAUCCUUGCACGAGCCCUAAAAGUAUCCUGUCAGGAGAGUCAAAUACACCAAAUUUAAGCUGUAAUUUUCAGGUUAUGUUUGUUAACGAAACAACAUAUUAGACAUAAUAUUGGACUAUAUGUUAUGAAAGAAAAUGUCUGGAGGAAUUUCAAAACCAAAAAUGUAAAUAUAUCAGAAGAUGGACAACUCAAAUUGAUUAUAAACCAAAAAAAUGUAGAUGAAAUAAUUUCUUAUAGAAGACAAUUUUCCAAGAUUCAGUUAUCUGAUGAUCAAGUGGAAACUAUAUUCAGUGUUACAGAGUCAAUAGCAGAUGUUCUAUUAAAUAAAGUGUUACUAAAAUUGGAAAUAAGUAUUGAUGACAUAAUUACAGAUUUAGUUAAAAUGGAACUUUCAGAACAUUAUGAAGUAAAUGAAAGUACAAAUUUUUGUUGAUGUAUGUUUUUAUUUAUUUAUAUAAAUUGUCUCAUUUUUAU